AUGAUGCCGCUGUCAGCGCAUCCUCACCGCCUUCCGGAAAUCACCCCCGCAUCCCCCAGUAGUACUACCUCCGCGUCCGCCCCUCUCCCCUCCUCCGCCGCGCCCAACAGCGCGCCCAAGCUGCCCUCCGCCCUCCCCGCUUACCUCCGCGCUGGGCGCAGGGAGGGCGCAGGCGUGGGAAGAGGAGGCGCGCAGGCGGACGGGAGAGGGCUGGGGGAUGAGGGGGGAGGAGCAGUGGGGGGACAUGGAGGGGCAGGGGGAGGGGUGAGCGGGGAUAGCAAGGAGAGCAGAUGGGUGGAAGAGGAUGAUCAGGGAAACGAGGGGGGUAAGCGGAUGGGACAAGGCAUGGUGGUGGUGGACGUGGGGGCCGAAGGGGAGGCGCGUGGGGAGCACGAGGAGCAAGAAGAGUUUAGAUACAUACAGCGGACUUCCAACCAACCACACGGCGCCAGCUGGCUGUUUCAUGACGUCAUCACUGCCCUGCGAUCCUCCGCCGUGUUCCAACUACCAGCACUCACCACCCCCAGCAGCAGCAGCAAAGAGCACGAUCCCUCACUACCAGUCCCUCAGAUACCACCUCCCCCAGGCGCCACCUGCGUGGGGGGGUGUGGCAUCAGCAACCAGGCAGCUCUCGCCAUCCUCCCCUGCGCGCUGCAUUCCCUGCUGCACUGCGUGGCCGUGGGGCAGCUGCUGGCGCUGCUCACCCGCCAUGCCUUGGCGCCCCGCCACGCCCUCCUCUCCACCGCCCUCGCUGAGGCCCUCUUCUCUCUGCUCUCCGCCCUGCCUGCCACCGCCCCCGCGCCCAGCCCCCUGGGAGCGGCGCUCAUGGGCGCGCUGUGGCGGGUGAGUGGUGCACUGGGGGUGCCCUUCCUGCCCUGGGCGGGGUGGGUGGGGCUCUGGGCGGCUGUCUUCCUGCUGCUCGCCGCGGGGGGGAAUGCGUGCCGGGUGGCGGACCAGUGGGGUGCUGCCAUGUGGCGGGUGGAGGGUGUGGUGACGAGCGGAGUGCUGUUUGUAGGUUCGGUCCGAGGCAUACCCGGACCAGGGGACUCGCUGCUGAGGAUAGAGCUGGCCCCUCCCAGCCUUGCCACUCUUUGUUUUAUAUCCCUGCUUCUUGCUGUUGCCUUGACGCAUGGAGAGAUGAAUGUCUGUCGCCUUGGGGCGCACGUGCCUUGGAGCGCAUGUGCCUUGGGGGCGCAUGUGCCUUGGGGCGCAUGUGCCUUGGGGCGCAUGUGCCUUGGGGCGCAUGUGCCUGGGGGCGCAUGUGCCUUGGGGGCGCAUGUGCCUUGGGGCGCAUGUGCCUUGGGGGCGCAUGUGCCUUGGGGGCGCAUGUGCCUUGGGGGCGCAUGUGCCUUGGGGCGCAUGUGCCUUGGGGGCGCAUGUGCCUUGGGGGCGCAUGUGCCUUGUACGUCUCUAUUCCCCUCUCACUCCUCUCUUUCCUCUCCUUUCCAUCGCACACCCCUCCUCCCCCUCGUCUUUCCCCCAGUGCUCCUGGCGGUGCCCCCUUUCCUCCAUCUCCCUCCGCUGCUCGCCUACCAGCUGCCACUGCAGGUCGCCCCGCCCCUCAUCCCGCCCAUCCCGUGGGGCGCGCACUUGGGGGGCGUGUCAGUGGGGGCGGCCCUGGCAGCGGCACUGCCGGGAGCGCUGCUGGCGGCGCUGCUCUUCCACGCGCACAACACAGCAGCGCUGCAGCACGAGGUGAGGAGCAGCGCUGCAGCACGAGGUGAGGAGCAGCGCUGCAGCAUGAGUCGUGACCCCCUUCCUCCCAACCCCCCCCUCUUCCUCGCUACCGCCCGUUACCGCACCCCACACUCUCCAACACCUCAGGCACAGUUGCAUGCUGCUGCGGGGUGUGGGCAGCGUGUGAGGGCAGAGCAGGCUUGGGGAGCAGACCGUGCGAGGAAGUGGAGGGGAGCAGGGGUGACGAGGUGGGGAGUGAAGGGUAGAGAGGCGGAGAGGGCAGGGGACGUGGAGUGGGGUAUGGUCGUGGGGGAACUAGCAGGAGGCACAGGAGAAGGGCAUCAGCAGGGUGGGGGAAGGGUUGAGGAGGUGGUGGGGGGAAAUGAUGGGUGGGAGUUUGGUGGAGGUGGAGGGGAGGACGAGGAGGAUGAAGAGGGAUGGAGAGUGGAUGCAGGAGAGGGGGGUGCAGCAGGGACAGUGGGAAUGGUAGUGAGCAGUGAGAGAGGGUGUGAGAGAGUGAGUGUGAGGGAGUGGGACCUGUGUGUGACUGCCGUUGUGGUGGCUCUCUGUCUCCUGCUCGGCCUCCCUCCUGCCAUCCGCAUUCCAUAUCUGAGCACCAUCCGCCUCUCAUACCUGCUCAAGCAUGCACCCGCCACUGCACCUGCCACACGUGCCACAGUCACAACUGCCACUCAACGCUGCAGUGCGGCCCCUCAUGUAGCCCGGCCACACAAGCAGUCGUCCCGCCAUGCCAGCACCACAGUGAGAUCCGGAUUCGACUCCAUGCUGCUGCCGCUCAUGCCACUCGUGCCGCUCGCAGCUGGCAGCCAGGCGAACUCCUUUGUGCCAGCCACUCGUGCUCCCCACGCCCCACGCCACCCCCCUGCCCCCCUGGCGGCGCUGGUGUGUGAGUGGCGCACCGUGGGGGGGCUGCUGGCGGCUCUGCUGGCGCUGCUCGCCCUGCCUGCCACGCCUGCUCGCUUCCUCACCCUCGUGCCCGUCGCACCCCUCAUCGGCACGUGCAUGGCGGUGAGUGCUUUAGGUUUGGCCAUCCUCCUCUUCCCCCCUUCACUCCACCUCCACCUCCUCCUCUCUCUCGCCCACCCCUCCCGUCGCCCUUCACUCCCCCCACUCCCCCCGUCCGCCCUCCCUUUCCUCCGCCGCCUCACCUCGCUCGAGUGCCUCUCAGCCGGCCUGCUGCUCGGGUGGUCAUACCUCCCCUUCCUCGCCGCCUCCUUCCCUCUCCCCCUCCUCCUCCUCGCCCUCCUCAUGACCCCCCUCCUGCGCCGCCUCCUCCCUCCGCCCCUCUGCGCCCGCCUCGCGCCUCCGCUGCUUCCCUGUGGCACAGGGAGGAGGGCGAGGUGCAAGGCAGGUAGAGCAGAGGAGCACAUGAGCAGUGGGGGAGAGAGUCGGAGAGGCAACAGAGUUGUGGAGGAGGGGAGUGAGACGGAGGGAGGGAGUGGGGUGGGUGGUGAUGGGGAAGAGGGGAGAAGGGGUGUGAAACGGCGAGCAGUGGGGGAAAAGUACGAGUGUGAGGUGGGGGGCGGGCGAGAUGGGCACAUGCCAGCAGAUGGGCGUGUGGAUGGGUCUGGGUCUGGGUCUGGGCAUGGGCAUGGGCGUGGACAUCAGAACGUGGAGGUGCAUGUGGGUAUGAUGUCAGGGCUGACAUCAGCAUGGCAUGACACCUCAUUGGACGACCCAUCCUCUCCUCUGCACCACUCCGCACCUCCUGUGCACCACUCCGCACCUCCUGUGCACCACUCCGCACCUUCUCUGCACCACUCUGCACGUCCUGCUCGUGGUCAGCAAGGUAAUGGUGGACUGGCAGAUGGCCGGACGAUUCCCCAAGUGCUCGUGCAAGGGUUGGCACAGGAAAAAAAUGAGGACGGAGAGCAGGAGGGAGGGGAGGAAGGGGAACAUGAGGGAGGGAAGGAGGAAGGGGGGGAAGCUGAGGGGAGAGAGGAAGAGAAAGCCGCGGAAGAGAAGGGAGACUUGAUGGGGCAGGGAAGGUCAACUCCAGGUGCCCUUGCGGCUGUGCUGUCCUCCCCUCUUGCGUCCAUGGCCCUGCCAUCCAUCCCCCAUGUGGCGUCUUCCCCCCUUGUGACGCUGCACAGCAACGCUCUCUUCUCCCCCGCCACCAUCAUCGCCACUCUUGCUGGCAGCUCCACAGGAAGGAGCCGAGAGAGAGGAAGAGGGAGAGGCGGAUGGAGAGGGAGAGGGAUAGGCGAAGAGAAUGAGAGAAGGGGGACGAGGGUGAGGAGUAUGGGAAUUGGGGCAGGGAAGGGAAGCAGGGGUGCGGGGGCUGAAGCAAAUGGGAAUAGUGGUGCUGGUGGUCAUGUGACUAAGGCACGAAAGGGUGAGGGUGGUCGUGGUAUGGGGAGAUGGAGUGAGGGAUUGGAGAGUGAGGGAACAGUGACAGCGGUGGACGUUGCAGCUCAGUUCAGAGGGAUGCUGAGGAGCAGUGUGGAUAUUGAGUGCAUGAUGGCUAGUGAGGCGAGUGGAGAGGCGAGUGGAGAGGCGAGUGGAGAGGCGGAGGAGGAGGAGGAGGAGGAGGAGGAGGAGGAGGAGGAGGAGGAGGAGGAGGAGGAGGAGGAGGAGGAGGAGGAGGAGGAGGAGGAGGAGGAGGAGGAGGAGGAGGAGGAGGAGGAGGAGAAGGAGGAGGAGGAGGAGGAGGAGGAAUGGACGGAGGGAAACGAGGGGGAGGGGGGUAGUGUCGACUGGACAGAAACAGGUAUGAGUGGUGGAGGAGAGGGGGAGGGGAAGAAGGGUAGACCGGGAGAGGAUGGAGGGGUGGAGGGCGAGGGUGUGGGCAGGAGAGACGGUGAGGAGGCAGACGUGAAUGGAGCAGAGGUAGCAGCAGGUGCAGGUGUAGGUGCAGGGGGCGUGGGGGGAAUGGAGGCAGUGGAUGAAGAGGGGAAUGAGGAGGGGAGUGAGGAGGGGAGUGAGGAAGGAGGGAUGGAAGGGGAGCAGGAGACAGCAGUGGCAUGGGGGAUGGCGCAGAUGGGGGGAGCAGGUGGGGGAAGCGUGGUUUAUGGGGCAGCGGGAAGACGGUGGGACGAGGAGGGACGAGUGGGGAGAGGGGAGGAGGCGGAGCGAGUGAGGGCGGGAGUGGAGGAGGUGGCGAGCAUCAUCGGGCGCAUGUCGGCUGAUGUGAUGUCCGUGGAUGCCGCCUCGUUGGCCUCACAUGCCUCUUGGGCCUCUUCAGCCUCGUGGGUGCCUUCCACCCCCCCCGUGCUGGCAGCCCAGCAGGCACAACCCCCCAUGCACCCCCCACACGCGUGGCAGCUGCCAGUGCCCCUGCACCCCACCACCACCCCUCACAGCAACACAAAGGGCCUUGCCAGGCCGCCACCUGUGCCCCUGCUGCAGCAUGCGCAGGCAGGCAAGCGAGGCGGGGGGGAGGGCCAGGGGCGGGGCAGCAGGCAUGCAGAGGCAGCCCACCCGUCACUCAUGUUCCUCGCUCGCCGUGCUGCCACCGCCGCCCAUGCCCCGUGA